GGUGGAGCUUUACCUUCAUGGUGGCCAUCUGUCACCUCUCCUGACCCUCUUAUCUUUGACUCUUGACAGUUCCAGCCAUGCUGCUGUGUUUCUGGUAACCUGGACUGUCUUCAUCAUUUACAUACAGUUCUGUGAAAUGAUUCAUUUUAUUUGGAAAACAGAUGAACAAGCUGAUCUGUUGUCACCAUUUACAGUCUAAGUAGGUGUCUACAGAGCGUUAUUAUCAUCCUGAUGUAUUUGUGUUUGUGUCGACCUCAAUAAUCUAUACCUGAUGUUCACUUGGCUUUUAGUUCCACCUGAGAAAAUGCUACCUGCUAGAAACAAUGCAUGUGAGUGGACACUUCGCCAAAAAAUCUAAACUAAAACCCGAAAGAGGUUAAAAGUGGAUGAGAAUUCCAUGUAGACCUGUUAAACCAGAGUUAACAAAAGACUGAACAGUACACCUGUAUUUGCUGGCCUCACGAUUUGCAUCCACUGAACAGUUGGUACUAUUUUUUUUCUUGAAACUUUGUAGAAAUACUUGCAUUUUAUUGAAAACCAAGCGAUGGAUGGCAAAAGAGACAGCAGCAGUUGAUUAUUUUGACCACUGAAUGUGUUGACAUUUUAGUGUUUACUGCUACACGCUCUGAGAAUUGUUGCUCAUAUAUUUCAACUACUUUCAUUUUUGAUCACUGUCUAAUCCAUUUUUUAGUUAAAUUUAAAUUUCCUUGAACACUGGAACCAACAAACAACAACAAGAACAAUGAACAAAACACAAAGUGCUGCAACAUGUCACUAAUAUUUGCACUAGGCUAGUUGUUGUCAGAGGAACUGUCACCAGUGAAAAUUAUAUUAAAUUAUCGUGGUUGAAAUGUCAGUGCUGAGCACAGUUACAUGCACUAUUUUUUUCUUUGGUAUUGCUAAUGUAACUCACUGGAUUGCAAAGAAUGUGGAAUCUGCUCUGAAAUGCAAAGAAAAAUAUUGCACCUGCUACUAAAAAUGGAUGCUGUUACAUGAUUUUUUUUUUUGAUUUGAUGAUUCUGAGAUCCACAAAUAUUCUUUUUUCUCUUUAAACAUCUCAAAACAUUUUAAAUGAAAAUAAAAUGCAUUUGAUUGACAGCAAUUCUACCGAAUCAAAUCAAGUUGUACAACAGAUGUGUAUACUCUACAACAUGUGGGAUCCUAAUCUUCUCUGUAAGAUUUUGCAGCUACUGUUUUUGAUUCGAAGGCCAUAUGGAGGAUUGUGCUAUUGUCAUACCAGAGGUGCACUUACUCACAAUCCUCCAUUUUCAGUGUAAAUCAAAAGGAAGAAAAAGGCCAUUAUCCAAAGAUCAUCAUUGAAUACAAAAGAUAAAAUGAGUUAAAUUGCCAUUUACAAAACCUAAGAUGAGGAGUCCAGGUUUUGUCACCUCCUCAGGUCCUCAGUCUUGCAGUCUGAACCCAGUUACCUCUCUGCUACACCCACCUCACCUGCUCCCGUUCUCCCUACCAGCUCAACUUCAUAUACUCCAGCCAUCGUACCUUUGUUUGCUGCCUCACUCCUGUAAACAUCAGAAGUGCUGGGAUUCUCUGAUCUUACUAUAUAAAGUACUCUGAGAUGACUUGAAUUGGAUCCUGGUUCCUGCAAUAAUAUUUGUUUAUGUUGUCUGUUCUCUGCCUGUCUUUCUACCAACCUGUCAGACUAUUUUUACCUGUCUGCUGGGUGAGUCUGCACUCAGGUCCUCCUCUCUGCUUUUGUGACACAACUAAAUCCAAUCAAAGAGCCCACAAAAUAGCAAAUUUAGCAUCCCUACAGUGCUUACCUGUAUGUUCGAGAUUUGAAUUGAUGUUUUUAAUGAUUGCCUGUCUGCCUCGAUGCAGCUUUUAAUUAUCUGUCAGACCUCUGCUAGCACUGUGCCUAUGAAGAGCAUUCAAGUCUUUAAUGAAAAAUAAGUGAUUGCAUAGAUUUUCACCACCUUUCAGUCAGUUAGUGCUAGAAGUCUCAAAGUUAGUGAAAUGGAAUUCAUCUGAGUGCAGUGAAUGUGGCCCAAGUGAUUGCAGUAUAAAGACAGCUGUACAUGGAAGGUCCAGUCACUGAUAAAUCAGUACUUCUCACUAUGACUACAUCAUGAAAACAACCCCUCCAAGCAACUCUGUGAAAAGAUUAUUGCAAAUCAAAAGUCAAGAGAUGGAGAAAAGAAAAUUUCCAGGUCACCAAAUAUUCCUUAGAGUACAGUUAAACCCAUAAUUUAGAAAUAGAAGGAAUAUGGCACAUGUGUAAAUGUGCCUAAAGCAGGUCGUCCUCAAAAACUGAGUGACUGAACAAGAAAGAAGCGAGUGCAGGAGGCCACCAAGACACCUGUGACUCUUCUGAAGGAGUUACAAGCUUCAGUGGCUGAUGUGAGAGACUGUGUAUACAGCAACUGUUGUCUCUUUUUCAACAGUCAAAGAUUUAUGGAUGAGUGACAAAGCAAAAAUCACCAAGAUCAUAUAAAAUCUGGGCUAGAGGUCUCCAGAAGGCAUAUGAGAGACUCUUAAAUCAACAGGAAGAACGUUCGUUGGCCUGAUGAUGAUGACCAAAACUGAGCUUUUUAGGCAUCAGACUAGACUCAUCAUUUGGUAGACACCAAACACUACACAUCAUCACAAACACAACAUCCCCACCAUGAAGCACGGUGGUGGCAGCAUCAUGAUGUGGGCAUACUUCCCAGCAGCAGACCCUGGAAGGCUUGUAAAGGUAGAGAGUAAAAUGAAUGCAGCAAAGUGUAGGGAAACCUGAUUCAGUCUGCAAGAGAACUGUGACUUAGGAAGGAGAAGGUCUGUUUUCGACAAGACAAUGACCUGAAGCAUACAGAUAAACUACAUAGAAAUGCUUUAAAGACAACAAGGGGAAUGGUUUGGAGUCAAUUCAACUGAGAAUCUGUGGCUGGACUUUAAAAGGGUUGCUCACUCCUGAUCCCUGUGAUACCUGACAGAGCUUGAACAGUUUUGCAAAGAAGAAUUAAGUAAAUAUGCAGCAUCCAGACUCAGAUUCAGGUUGAUUUAUGUCUAUACACACAGGCACGAUGCUGGACUUGCCCCUAAGGGUGCAUCUACUAAAUACUGACUUGAAGGGGGUGAAUAUUUAUGCAAUGGCAUAUUUUGCUCCUUUUUUAAUGUUUUAAUUAAUUGAUAUUACUUUGUAGAACUCUGUUUUCAGUUUAACAUGAAUCAAUUGAACAACCUGCUUUAUGAGAUCAGACAGGCAGCUGUUUUUUUUAAAUAUCUGUUCAAACCCAACUUUUCAGAGUUAUUUCUGUUUUUACUCUGCUUUUAUUAAUUUAUGUCUGAUUGUUACUAUUUUCUUUCUAGUGAAAUUGCAGGCGUUGGAAGUCUAGAUUUGAAGUCUAACUAGGUUUGAGCAAAAUUGUACAGCGUUUCUGUUUUCGUUCUGCAAUAGAGAUCUCCGAAAGGAUGAUGAUGUUGCUGUGUCUGCUGGAUGUGUACAUUACACAGGCGACUGUUUGUGGUGUGAGUGUGUGUGUGUGUGUGUGUGUGUGUGUGUGUGUGUGUGUGUGUGUGUGUGUGUGUGUGUGUGUGUGUGUGUGUGUGUGUGUGUGUGUGUGUGUGUGUGUGUGUGUGUGUGUGUGUGUGUGUGUGUGUGUGUGUGUGUGUGUGUGUGUGUGUGUGUGUGUGUGUGUGUGUGUGUGUUUACAGUGUGCAGCUGUUAAGGAUUGAGGAGCUGUAAAAUCUCCUUUUGGCUGGGAGCCACCCCAUCCGUCAUGACCUGAGUGUCAGUGCGAUUAUAUGAUUAUGCAAUCAGUGCAAUCCCACAAUCCACAGUCAGUUGCUCUGACCCAGGACACAGAGCAGCUAAACCUUUUUUUUUUUUGGCUGCAGGGAUUGGGUAGAUCAGGGAGGAUUUGACAGCUCUAUUGUCAGUUUUUCUGAACAAUGCACAUUCACAAUAUAACACAUUCAGCAUGGCAUCAAACAAAUUAGACACAUUUUAUUUUACAUCAACUCAGGAUUCUCAGCCUGAGUGAGAGAAAACCCCCAGAUAUCUGUGUAGUGUGCUUUGGGCUCAUUUAGAUUAGAUUAUACAAUUUUGACAGAGUAUCCAGAAAUCAGGUUCCUUUAGAACAGUAUGGUUCAUGGAUAUAGUUUACAGGUUUGUUGAACUCCUACUUCUAUGAAAACAUUGUGCAGCACAUAGUAAUUUAACAAGUACCUCAAUAGUGACAGAGAAGGUGACAAACUACCAUUUAAUGUGUAUGCACUUUAUUAAAAAAUAAGGAGCUUAUGCUGCUGUGUUAUUGGUAUCUCUGCGCUUUGAAAUAAUAAUAUAGUUUGUCAAAUUGGGCUGAAAAUGGACUGCUGCCACUCCAAAUGGCUGGCGAGUAUUAAGAGGCUAUUAAACAUACUGAUGAGUGAAAAAAAAAAAAAAGGUCCUUAGAAACCCUGAAAUUUAAACGCAGGAUUGAAAGGCACCUCAUCUUUAAAAAAUGAAAUAAAAUUACACCAUUUUAUCAGAGCCAGAACCUGUAAAUACAACAAGAAUUGUCAGAUUUUCACCUUUCUGUUUGUGCGCUGUGUCCGAGCGGUUCCGGGCCAGAAGUAAACGCCACAGUUAUUGCAAAAAGCUUUGAGUGGCCAUUUGAUUACUUUACACUCACCACCACAGCAGUACAGCACAUGUAUAAAUAUACUCAUUGUGGCAGUUAUGGUUUUCGAGGAGGUGCAGGGAAUGAGAAAAGACGAUUAAAAGUACAAGGUUUUAUUUACAGAAUAAUCAAAUAAUUCAGACUAACAGGACUACAAGUGGAAGUGAUGUGGCAGGAUGAAGCAUGUGGCGGCCAGAUGAGGGGGUGAAUGAUCCGUAGAUGGGGCUGAGGUCGGAGUGGCAAUGGACAGCAGAGGCUUGAGGUGAACAGAUCCAGAGAAUGGAAGAAGCACAGAGCGAGAAUUAGCAAAGGCAAAAAAAAAACCCCAGCGCACUAAAUUGAACAAAGAUACAAACUGAUUGCUGCUUAUUCACAGUCCAGCAUCAAGUGGUGAAUGAGGUCUGCUUUUAUGGCCCAGGGAGGAUGUGAUUGAACCACUCCCACCUGCUCGCUCUGGAUCAGCUGAUUACAGGUGCAGAACACCUGCUGCCUCCUGCAUCACCUGCACCUGUUGAUUAGACUCAGGAAUAGAGGGAGAGUGCUGCCAGAGUAGCUACAGACUGAAAGAUGAAUUUAAUCAUCAUUAAUUUAAUAGUUAAUAGCUAAUUGUUGGAGCUCCACCUCUUAUUAGAAGGGUUUUGCUCCAAAGUUAAAGCAAUUUCUGCAAAUUUUUAGAAAGUUUCUUGUGUUUACUUUCUCUACCUGGAGAAAUAAAACACUAGAACCAUCUAAUUUGUUGCUUUUAGCCAUUUCUCACAGCCUCCCUCAACAGGUGGAGUUGCUCAGUUGUCAUGGAGAUGAUUUAGUUGUCACCAGGUGGGACAGCAGGUGAUUACAUGGUGUUUGGAGAGCUUUAUCCUUUGUGUUUAUUUGUGUACCUUCACAGUGGAUAUUCACAGGCAGCAAAGUCAGGAAUGAACUGUCAGACUUGUAGAUAUAACGCCUAGAUCCGUGAGAAUUUCAUCACAACAUGAGAGUUGUGGUAUCGAUCGCUAAUGUUUAACAAAUCUGAUCUGUAUGAAGAAGAUUUCCUGAUUUUUUUUUUAGCAUUAAACUCUUUAUAAUCAAUAAGUCAGGAUAAUUUUAAAAAGUGGAAGCACUGACGCCUGGUUGAUGCUGAUCUGUUUAUGCUCUGGACUCCUUAUGUAAAGCCUGCAUGCUUUUAUAUCUAUAGAAAAAAACAUCAAUCAGAUCUGCUGCUCGGUGUUAAGCUGAUUGUAGUAUUAAAUCUUGAGCCGUUAUUUUUCAAUGGAAAGACUCUGUGUGUAAUCCGGGUCAGACCGGGUCCCCAACGCUCACUGUGCCAGACUGAAUGUGUUUGUUACCUGAAGCACUAAUCCACCAGGUCAGCGGCUGGGUCACUGGACUACCCAGGUGCUUCUCCUGUCAUUCUCAUCUAUUUUCACAUUAGUUACUGAAAUUCUUUAAGCUGUCAGUCCAUUUGAUUUUAUUUAGCAUUAUUUUUGGCUUUCUUUCAAGUUGUUAAUUGUGUCUAAAAAUCUACUAAUUUCACUUUAAUGAGACAUUAUUAUCUAAAGACAAACUAGUUCAGUGACAGAACUAAAUAUCGUUUUUCCCUGGCAGUCUUGAAGUUUAAAAUGAAGUUUGACUAUACUUUUCUUUAUAUAUUCUAACUAAAUAAGACCAGUUUGCUGCUCCCCAAACAAGAAAUUACAACAUGCAAUGCAUUUCACUUUAUUUCUGUUAGUAUUUUACAUCUUCCAACAGUGACUGCUAAUAUAUUAGUGUAGCAGCAAAUUUAUCUUAAGUUUUUAACUUACCUUUUAAAAGACAAAAAAAAAAAAAAAUUUGAAAAAUGAUGAACAUCAUUAACGAUUGUCCUGUCUCUUCUAUUUGCAGUGCUGCUGAGUCUCCAGUCCUUGGUAAGACGUGUCUAUCAGUCUAUAUCAUUCUUUAUGGAUUUCAAAUUCCAAAACUCCCUGGACCAGUAUGAUUGAAGAAUUAUGAUUUAAAUCCAUGAUAUACUUCAAUCACAAAGAAGAGCAAAGCUUAGAGACUGAGAUCAUUCUUACAGGAGGUGUGACACUGUGAGAGGAAAGAAAGAGGAGGUUGGAAGGACAGCUGAAGAAAGAGAAGGAUACAAGGACAUAGGGAAGGAAGGGAGGAAGAAGAUCAUCACAUGCAGCACAUAGCAGGAGAGGAAAAACUAAUGAAAAUCUAUAACAAGUGGCAACAAGCAAAUUAUGAGCUGCCUGAACCAUCAGGUGAAGCCUUGUAUCUCCAAAGGUUUACAAAAAAGAUGAGAGAAGCGAUGGAAGGAUGAAGAUGGAGCAACAGUUUAGACAACAGCAGUCUUCAGAUGUAUCACGGAGGAAGUUACUUCAGAUGCAAGGAGCUGCAGUUCCCUUUCCUCCUCUCAAGGUGUUGUCUGAUGGGGAGCCGUGCGUCUUAUUCCAGGCCAGGAAACUGUCUCUCCGCUACGAAAAGCAGAAGCAGCUGGACCUGACAGAGCGAGCGUUUUCCCCUCAGAAAACUGUGGACACCAGCCAGUCUGUCUGCAGUGGGGAUAAAGCCACGUUGGUUAUGAGGUUUGGAGAUGUGGAAGAUCUGAAAGGUCUGACCAUCAGACUGCAGCUCUCCAACACUUUAUACGAGUCUUCAGGCCAGUGGUGGUUCUCUGUUGACAGCGUCUCGCUGCUCUACAACACCUCUGAGGAGGCUGUGUUCAAUGCAAGCGACGUUUAUGCUCCGGCCUCUGCCUCCUACCGCUGCCUCCAUGUCAGCAGCCUGCAGCGGUACAGCGCCCUGCUGCUGCCCAGCAGCGACCAUGCCCGCCGCUGGGCCAUCACCUUCACCGACUUCCAGAUUCAGGCCUUCAGUGUCUCAUCCGGUAAGUUUUCCCCGGCGAGUGACUGUGUCACCUUCCUGACGCCGGCUAUCCUGAUGGGCCUCAUCACCUCCCUCAUCCUGCUGCUGGUCCUGGCCUACGCCCUGCACAUGGUCAUCCACCUGAAACACAUUGAGCACGAGGACGAACACAAGGCUGACAUCUACUACCCACAAACUCCCGAACAGCACGAACACUACUGUGCGGAAAACGCCACUGAGAAAAAUGUCAUGUAGCGUAACCAGUGAGUUGAUUGGAGACUUUAAACACUGCAUGAAGAGACACAACUGAUCUGAUAACUGCAUCUAACCUCCAGAGUCAUGUACUUCCAGCUCAGGAUUUCGUUUUUUUUUUUUUAAACAGAUAUUUCUAGUGUUUUGUAAUUCACCCAUUCAUGAAAUUCUGGUUUUGUCUUUAUUACAAAAUAAAUAAAAAUAUGAAUGUUG